ACUGCUCAACCAACCGUGGCAGAAUUAGGAGAAUUAGGCUUGAUUCAAUUUCGAGAUUUGAACCCUGACGUUAAUGCGUUUCAACGCGCUUUUGUCAAGGAAAUUAGGCGAUUCGAUGAAAUAGAAAGACAUCUAAGAUUUUUUGAUGCACAAAUUAAAAAAUCUGAUAUCCCUAUUCAACCACUCACUGGUGAUGUACGAAAUAUACAUGCCCGAAGUCCUCAAGAGAUUGAUGACCUUGAAGGAAAAAUUAUAGAACAUGAACGGCGCAUCACCAAUAUGAAUAAUUCUACAGAGACUUUACAAAAACGAUACUUAGAAUUAACCGAGAUGAGAUACGUGCUACAGGAGACUAGAAUAUUUUUUGAUGAGGCCACAUCUCGUCAAGAUACCAUACGCAAUUCCUUUGAUGAGCCUACUGCACCAUUACUGGAACAACAACAGGACAUUGAACAUGGUGAAUCCUUGGUUCUCCAUCAUCUUAAUCUUGGGUUUGUUACUGGGGUUAUUGCGCGAGCAAAAAUGCAAACUUUUGAACGUAUACUUUGGCGUGCAUUGCGUGGAAACUUAUACCUGAAAUAUGUUGAAAUUGAUGAACCAAUUACCGAUCCAGAGACCGAUGAAGUACUAGAGAAAAACAUCAGGAAAAUAUCGAAAUCAUUAGGCGCAACCCUUUAUCCCGUAGAUGACAGCUCUGAGCUGAGGGAUAACAAAUUAACUGAAAUUACAUUACAAAUUGAAGACCUUAAUGUUGUCUUGCAAAAUACUAAAAAUACUCGAAGAACAGAGUUGCAAAAAAUUUCUGAGAAUUUGAAUAUUUGGAUGACAAUCGUUAAGAAAGAGAAAGCAAUUUAUCAUACAAUGAAUUUAUUUAAUUACGAUUCGAGUCGCAAGUGUUUAAUUGCAGAGGGAUGGUGUCCGAGUAAUGACUUCGAUAAAAUUAAUCAAGCUCUGAGAACUGCUACUGAUCAAUCUGGUUCAACUGUACCAUCAAUUUUAAACGAGCUUCGCACGACAAAAGAACCACCUACUUUUAUUCGUGUCAACAAGUUCACUGUUGGCUUUCAAGAUAUAGUUGACGCGUACGGUGUGGCAAAAUAUAGAGAGGUUAAUCCCGGAUUAUUCACUAUUAUUACGUUCCCUUUCCUUUUUGCUGUCAUGUUUGGUGAUUUUGGUCAUGGAUUGUUGGUCACAGCAGCUGCGUUAUAUCUUGUUAUCCGCGAGAAAAAGUUAGAGGGAAGCAUAACCGACGAGCGGCUCCCUAAUCAAACUGAAGCUCAGCAAAUUGGGGUUUAUCCGUUUGGUAUUGAUCCUUGGUCUGUCGACUGGCAUAAACGUGAUGAUAAUGGUAAACUGGUUUAUGGUUCACCUCCAGGAUUACUAAAUAUGUUGAUUUAUAUGUUUUUACAACCCGGUGUUGUGGCUGAAGAGGAUAAAUUAUAUCCUGGACAGGGUUAUCAUAACCCUCAAAUGGACGCUACACGUGUGUCAACCGAUGAAAACAACGAAUACGGUGGUGCUGUGGUUGCUGAAGAAAUGUUUGAAGUAGAAGAAUUUGAUUUUGCUGAAAUUAUGAUUCAUCAGUCUAUACAUACGAUUGAAUUUUGUUUAGUUUAG